AACCCUCUGCCAUUCGUGUAAUGUUAGAGAAUAUCGUUUAAGUCAAAUAAAUAAUAUAUAUAAACCUAAAUUAUCUAGAGAUAAUUUUAUGAACGGAGAUAAUCCAAUUAAUGGACUUUUAAACAUAGAAACUCAAAAUAAACGUAAAAAGAGAUCAAAGCAAAUAUCCGAAUUUAAUUAUAAUACUGCAAAACAAUUAGCAAAUGCGAUUAAAAAUGAAAAUAAUAUAAAUCGAAAAGAUAAAAAUUGUGAUAAUUAUAUUUUGAAACAAAGACCAGAAAAUAUUAAUAAUAUUAAAAAUAACCACUUUAAGCAAUCUUUACUAAAUCAAAUAAAUUAUAACAAAAUUAAAAAAGAAACAGAGAAGAUUCAAUCUUUAAAAAAUGAAGAACUAAUACAAAAAGAAUUGUUAAAAAAUCUAUGUGAUGAAAGAAUAAAAAAUAUAGAAGCAAAAAACAGGUCAAAAAAAAAUUAUUUAAUUAUCCUUGAUGAACAACUGAAAAAUAAAACCAAAAUUAUAGAACAAGAGAAGGAAAAAGAUAUAAAAUUACCGUUAAAUACAACAUUUGUUAUCGGCCCUGAUCAAGAUAAAUCACAAAAAUUAAACAAUUGUAAACAUCGUCAGAUAGCUAAUUACCAAUUGAAACAGCAAAAUGAGAGAAAUAUUGAACUCGAAGAACAAAAAAAGGAAAACAUUGAUUUUGAAAGAAAAUUAUUGAAUAAGCUUAAAGAAAAGGACGAAACAUUUCAAAAAAAUUUGAUACAAAAAAAAUUAAACCAAAAAAAAUUGUUAAAGGAAGAUUUAGACAAAUUGUUAAACAUCUCAGUAACCGAACGUCAUAAAAACGAAGUACCUGGUUCAUAUCCUAUGAGCUUUCCACUGAAAAAAACUGUAAAACGAUGCCGAAUAUGUAAACAAAACGGACUAGGAUUUCCAGUGGAAAAAAUUACCGAUUUCAUGUGUUGA